UUAGAACAAGCCUCGGUGGUUGUCUACCCUCCAGUCUAAAUUCACUUAAAUUGAUUUGUCAAAAUUUGAGUAUUUGACUAGUCGAAUAUUUUUUUUUCUAAAUUUUGAAAAGUAACAAUUAAAAUGUCUGCUUUACCUGCUCCAGUUCGUGUAUCGCCGUUGAUUAAGUUUGGAAGAUGGAGUUUUCUUGCCUUUGGCAUUGCAUAUGGGGCCUUCCACCAAAAUAGGCUGUCGAAGAAAGAAGCUGCCAUUAGGGAAGUAGAAUCUAAAAUUAAAGCAGACCGUGAUGCCAAACUAGCUGCAGAAAAGAAAAUUGCAGCUGAAAAAGAAAUUAAAGAACUAGAGGCAUUGGCUAAAUAAAUAUUUACAUAGGUUUAUUAUUUUGUUCUAUCAAAAUAAAUAGAAGUUUUAUUUAAAUUUCCUUUAUAUUCAUUUAAAAAUAUAUUAUGUAAACCAAUAUGACUAGGUCAAUAAGAUGGCUUUGGUAAGAUGAUGAAAUCCAUAAUUCUGUUUUAUAAUGUAGCUCUUAAAUUAUUCAUAUUAAUAAAAAUCAUCAUGUU